ACAGUUUCCGCCCCGCUGGCCCGGCGUCACCCGCGCGUCUGGAGUCAAGAUGGAGGAGUAUGCCCGAGAGCCGUGCCCUUGGAGAAUUGUGGAUGACUGUGGUGGAGCCUUUACAAUGGGUACCAUAGGUGGUGGCAUCUUCCAAGCCAUUAAAGGUUUUCGAAAUUCUCCUGUGGGAGUGAACCACAGACUACGAGGGAGUUUGACAGCUAUUAAAACCAGGGCUCCCCAGUUGGGAGGUAGCUUUGCCAUUUGGGGUGGUCUGUUCUCCAUGAUUGACUGUAGUAUGGUUCAAGUGAGAGGAAAAGAAGAUCCCUGGAACUCCAUCACUAGUGGUGCCUUAACGGGAGCCAUCCUGGCCGCCAGAAACGGACCGGUGGCCAUGGUUGGGUCAGCAGCAAUGGGAGGCAUUCUCCUAGCUUUAAUUGAAGGAGCUGGUAUCUUGUUGACAAGAUUUGCCUCUGCACAGUUUCCCAAUGGUCCUCAGUUUGCUGAAGACCCCUCCCAGUUGCCUGCAAGCCAGUUGCCAUCCUCACCUUUUGGAGACUAUCGACAAUAUCAAUAGAUUUCUUUCCCAGGAUUUCUUUAACCGAAUGAGCUGUAGUUCAAGAAGGAUUUCAGAUCAAGUUACAUACAAUCUGUUUUUACAACUAUAGGUGGGACAAUUGUGGCCAAGUAGGCCAUGAAGAGACAUUGAGCACUAUUUUCUAUUUAAAGGAACAUGAGAGGAGGAUAAAUGACGCUGCGUUUAUUUAUACACACUUGGAUUGCGUUGUGAUCAGAGUGAAUGUCUAAUAUCAUUAAAAGAAAAGUGCUUAGAAGAUGAAGGACCAAAGGGCAGAUAACAGUGAGACAUGAUCAUCAAUUGGGGACUUCUCUACCUGGUUAUAUGUGUACAGUUGAUGAAACAAUAAAAAGCUCCUGGAACUUAUUCCUUUUAA